AUGACCGCAUUUGUGCGUGUGUCUGGGCGUCCGAACACAAACUUCCUUGUUGGAUACCCAGGCAUCUCUGCUACGCUGCCUCGUAUUGAAGGAACCGUCGAGGUCCGUCCCGGCGUCGGGAUAUCGAGUCCUGUCAAUAUCUCCAUCGUCACAAUCGCUCUCCAAAGGAGAGAGAGCAUCCAUCCUCAUGCCGACUCCGUCACAAAAAAGCAUUUGGCUGCCCCCAGGAAAGAGUCGACCGAGACGGUAGGGAAAGAGAUGCUGUUGUUCCGAUGUCCAGCCAAUAGAGAAUACGAAGAGAUAAUGUAUAUGGAUCUGCCAUUUGUGAUAUUCAUUCCCUUUGGUCGGGGCGCACAAGAGACGGCGAGGAGGGUUCCGCCAGCAAGUCUUCAAUUACCCCGACGAACCGCCGAAACAUUCUACGAGAUGGUUGUCACUGUGGGAUAUGGCAACAAUGACCGAAAACAGUACACCUUCCCCGUACCCAUUGCGCGAUACGAUACACUCUCAACUUUCGGCAUGUACAACCGGCCCGAAUCAGCUGAACGCGUGACCGACCAUCUCGUCACUUUGGGUAUAUCUCUACCAAGAUGGUCCUACGGCCCACUCGACCCCGUCAGCGUUUACAUCAAACUAUCACCAAAUCCCGACUGGCUUACAAAAGCACGAAAAGUCACCAUACGGAAGAUUGAGAUUGGUAUUGAUGAAGAGGUCAUCUACAAUCAUGAGGGUGACGAACCGCAGAGGAAGUCCAAGAAUCUGGUCAAGAAGACCGAAAAUGUCGGUGUAAAAAUGCCUGAAGCGGGAUAUUUCACAAAUCUCGGCCUGGUAUUUCCCGCAAAUGAUAUGCGUGAUUCUGACGGAAUCAUGCCCCGAGGCAAAGCACCUUUCCCAUCAUAUGCCGUAACCGGCUUUACCACGACUGCAGGUCUCUACAAGGUGGAAUACUACUUGACCAUCAAGGCUUCGAUGAAUGGGGCAAAAGAUAUUAUACUAAAACAACCAAUUGUGGUCUGUCCACUCGAUCAUGCUGCGUGCAAGGCAGAGAUGGAAGCAAUUGAACAAGCAGCAAGAGACGCGGCACAUGUAAAUGCUGACAAUCCUCGUCUGCCCUUGGCCCGUAUCAUACGGAGCACAGAUCCAAAUGCGCUGAGCUGUCUUGGAGUGGCAAUCGUAGGUACGGCGAAGAGACCUCUAAUUGACUGA